CCUCUCUCUCCCCCCAGCGUGCCGGGCUACGCGUUCCUGGGGCCCCCCAAACUGCUAACAGGUGCCUGGGGCGAGUACAGAUGCCUGCCGGAGAAUUUCCUGAAAGGGCCCCCGACGGCUCCUGUCUGCUGACCAACAGCGCCGACAACACCCUGCGCAUUUACAACCUGCCCCCCGAGCUGUUCGGUCAGGAGUGGGGGGCCAUGGCCGAGAUGAGCCCCGUGCUGCGAAUGGCCGAGGGAGACACAGUCUACGACUACUGCUGGUUCCCGCUGAUGAGCUCCGCCGACCCACCCACCUGCUUCUUUGCCAGCAGCAGCCGGGACAACCCUGUCCACGUGUGGGACGCUUUCUGCGGGGACCUGCGGGCCACGUUCCGUAGCUACAACCACCUGGAUGAGCUGACGGCUGCUCACUCCCUCUGUUUCACCCCCGACGGCUCGCAGCUGUUCUGCGGGUUUGAUAAGACCGUGCGGGUGUUCGAGACGGAGCGCCCGGGCCGGGUAUGCGAGAGCCGUCCCACCUUUGUGAAGAAACAGGGGCAGAGCGGCAUCAUCUCCUGCAUCGCCUUCAGCCCGGCCCAGCCCCUCUACGCCUGCGCCUCCUACUCCCGGACGGUGGGGCUGUAUUCGCGGGCUGAGGGCACGGCCCUGGCCAUGCUGCAGGGUCACCGGGGCGGCGUCACCCACGCCCUCUUCUCCCCUGAUGGCACCCGGCUCUUCACCGGCGGGCGCAAGGACCCCGAGAUCCUGAGCUGGGACCUGCGGCAGCCGGGCCGGGUCCUGUUCUCCAUGCACCGCUCCGUGGCCACCAACCAGCGCCUCUACUUCGACCUCGAGCCGAGUGGCCGGUUCCUGCUGAGCGGUACCACGGAGGGGCUGGUCUCGGUGUGGGACACGGCUCAGCCCCCAAACGGAGACCCCGAGCCAGUGCUGGAACCCCUGCUGCAAUUCCAGGCCCUGCGGGACUGCGUCAACGGGAUCAGCCUGCACCCCAGCCUGCCCUUGCUGGCCAGCGCGUCCGGCCAGCGCGAGUUCCCGGAGCCGUGGGACAGCGCCGAGGAGGAUGAGGAAGGGGGGCCUGGGCCCCCCCAGCGCCCGGCCCGUGGCCAGAACUGCCUACAGCUGUGGUGGUGUGGGGAGAGCGGGGGGCACCACCCUGCCCCAUGAGGCCGCCUGCCUGGACUGUAUGGCCACCGGAUGGCUCGGUGGGGGGCUGGGCUGGAGAUUUGGGGGUGGCUGAGAUGGGGGGGCACUGCUUGGUGGGGGGGAUCUGUACAUAAUGCUCUCAGCUUUGUCUCUAUUCGCCGGCUCAUUCGCAGCCAUAAAAUUUCUGUUUUUUUUAA